GUUGGACUACGGGUAUCCCCAUUCUCCUCAUUUUUGAUCUCUCAAGCAUGCCUGCUGCGAGCUUAGAGAGAAAGGAAGCUGUUGACAAAAUUGUUGCACCUCCCCACAUCCGCAGUACUUUUCUGGAAGGCGCAGUAUCAGCCAUUUCUCUGGCCGCCUACGUAGGCCCUUUUGCGCAUGAGGCCUUGAGCUGCGGUGAUUGGGCAGACCUGUCUUCCUAGCUCCUUGUCAAGUUCUGCUGCAUUUGAAGAACCACCGGGUUCCAGUGCUGACGAUAUGGUACUAAGUUGAUCAGCAAAUGCGAUUCUAGGAUCUAAGAGUGCAGUAGCACCACCAGCUAUGGAGGCCAGGAACCGACCAGCGGUGGUUAUUGACAAUGGAACAGGGUACACAAAGAUGGGGUUCGCAGGCAACGUGGAGCCGGCCUUUAUAAUUCCAACAGUUGUGGCCACUAAUGAGACAUACGUUAAGUCGGGGGGAAGUGUGACGUCAGCGCAGCACAGCGCUGGCGUCAUGGCGGAUCUGGACUUCUACAUCGGUGAUGAGGCAACGCCCCGAGCGAGCUCGUAUAACAUAAACUACCCCAUCAGGCAUGGGCAGGUAGACAACUGGGACUCCAUGGAGCGCUUCUGGCAGCAGUGCAUCUUCAACUACCUGCGCUGCGACCCGGAAGACCACUUCUUCUUACUGACCGAAAGCCCGCUUACCCCCCCCGAAAACCGAGAAUACAUGGCCGAGAUCAUGUUCGAAACGUUCAACGUGCCGGGACUGUACAUAGCAGUGCAAGCAGUGCUGGCGCUAGCGGCCAGCGACACGAGCGGAAAGAUGGAGCUAACGGGUACGGUCAUCGACAGCGGCGAUGGCGUCACCCACGUGGUUCCGGUGGUGGAUGGGUACGUCAUCGGCAGCAGCAUCAAGUCAAUACCAAUUGCCGGAAGAGACCUGACGAACUUCGUACAACAACUGAUGCGCGAUCGAGGGGAGCCAGUUCCGCCGGAGGACUCUUUGGACGCAGCUCGACGAAUAAAAGAACUGUACUCGUACACGUGUGCAGACAUCGUGAAGGAGUACGUGAAACACGACAAGGAGCCUUCCAAGUAUAUAAAGCAAUGGACGGGGCUCAACAGCCGGACGCGGCAGCCGUACUCUGUGGACGUGGGCUACGAGCGGUUCCUGGCUCCCGAGCUCUACUUCGCCCCUGAGAUCUACAGCAGUGACUUCAGUACGCCGCUGCCAGAGGUUGUCGACAAAUGCAUACAGAGCAGUCCGAUUGACACGCGGCGAGCGCUCUACAACAACAUUGUGCUUUCCGGCGGCUCCACCCUCUUCAAGGACUUCCAACGGCGACUUCAGCGCGACAUCAAGAAACUUGUGGACACGCGGAUUGCCGCUUCCGAGUCGCUUUCGAGAAAGGAUGCCACCUUCAAGACUCAGGCGGUGGACGUAAACGUUGUGAGCCACCCGAUGCAACGGUUUGCGGCCUGGUUUGGGGGCAGCGUUAUGGCGUCCCUACCAGAUUUUUACACCUCCUGCCAUACAAGAGCUGAGUACGAAGAGAUUGGCCCCAGCAUCUGCCGUUCGAACCGAGUGUUUAAGGGGCUCACGUGAAAGGAGUGGGACGUCGUUUUCCAGCCAAGUUAACCACCUUGAGGCCAAUGAUUACACAACAGACGUACAGCCGAUGACCGUGACCCGAUGACCCCUGGCGCAUGACCGAGAUGCAUUCGUGAUUUUCGAUUGCCAUGUACGCUGUUGAUGUCGUCCAUCCACGUUGGGACAUGGCCUUGAGUUUUUCCUUACCGCGUUCUCAGCCUA